UUCGCCUCCUUUCCUCGUCUUCCCCGUCCAUUCCACCUGCGAUUAUCCACUAUUUAAUCGCAAUCCCCAUUCCCAUGUUCAAAUCCCCCAUUAAUUAAUUACUUCCAAAAAUCGGAAAAGAUCGAUGGCAGAAGCCGAGGAAUUUAGCCCAAAACCGCAAUUACAAGAAGAUACUAUCGACGAUUUUUCUUUUGUCUGUCUAAAUCCAGAUGCCUUGGAUAACGGCCAGAUCCGCCCCGUAUUUCCCAUCUUUGAUCAACGGAUCUUAGCCGACGGCGGUUUCCAGGUAAAAGAGGAAACGACGCCGGUUCGACCCCAGUUAAAGUUAAAGAAGCAAUUGAUUAGUUCGACUGAGGAUCGGACUAAAGCUUCAACGACGGCGGCGCCGGAGCUGCGGAAGAAGAGCUAUUCAACGGGGUUCUCGAAACUGUGGCGGUUCGGAGACAAGAUUCCCCGGAGCAACAGCGACGGGAAGGAAACGUUUCUGUUUCUGAGAAGUGGUUCGUCGACGGAAAAGGGAGAGAAGAGGGGGAAAGGGGAAACGGCGUCGUAUUAUCACGAACGGCAUUACGCGAGAAACAGAACGGAAAGUGAAAUGAAUAAACGGAAAUCGUAUCUGCCGUACAGAAGCAGUAUAAUGGGCCUUUUGAGCAGAAAUUUUUAGCCCUCUAUUAAAUCAUAUUUAUUUGUUUA